CAACUUGCGACUACGCGACUUCUAAUAGGUAACUCUAAUUGAGAGUGGUCGCGGGAGGUCCUCAGCGCAUAGAUCUGGAAGACUGGUGACGGUCGUCAAAUCUGCUAGCAUAACGCCAUGACGUUUUUAAUCGCCAGAUUCUUGGAGGAGCAUGAGCCACAUCACACUUAAACUCCAGUCGCUGCGUGCAUGUCGACACUGUACACGGGCACAGAUACGCUCAUACCCGCCCGCCUUUGCGCUACCUACAUUGUACAUACCUUACCUACCGCUACAACCAUCCGAUGGCAAAAUUGGCAGGGGAAAGUUUGAAGGUCAACAACAGCGCCGGCCCCCCGGCCGCCAUUGAGCUCUAGGUACCUAACCCUGCUGUAACCCCGGGACAAUCAUGACCGAAAGCACCGAUACCAACGACCACAAUGGCGCCAGCCACAACCAUGAAGAUGCCGCCGCACAACUAAGCUCAGGCCGGACCGGAGACUCCAAGGAUUCGGAGCCCAUCUUCCCUCCCCUCCACAACAAUGCCGACGCCGAGGACGACGCGCUGCUUCCCCGAACAACCGCGCCCGCCGGCUCCGGGGUUGACGAUGAUAACGAUGACGACGAGCCGGCCGUUGCCAAGCCGUUUGUCCGCACCUCGAGCCCGGAUUCGGCUGCGCGAGCGGGACUGGCCGGCACUGAUGAGGAGGACGAUGGUUCCGAUCGAGGGCCGGACUGGAAGAAACCGCGGCUGGUGCACAAGAUGCACAAAUUUAGCCUCUACGAGACGGCGAGCAGGUUCUACAUCGUGGGCGGCGACGUGACCGAAAAGCGGUACCGCAUCCUGAAGAUCGAGCGCACAGCCGAUGACGCGUCGGACCUGAGCAUAAUCGACGACAAGACCUUGUACAGCCAGAAGGACAUGAACCAACUCCUGGACACCAUCGAUGACGGGAACAAGGGAACCGGCGGCUUGAAGCUCCGGUCUACGACAUGGGGACUGCUGGGCUUCAUCAAGUUUACCGGGCCGUACUACAUGCUGCUGAUAACCAAGAAGAGCACCGUGGCCAUGAUAGGGGGUCAUUACAUAUACCAGAUUGACGGCACCGAGCUAAUCCCGUUGACACCCCGCAACUUCAAGGCCGACCAGCGGAAUACGGAGGAGUCGAGGUUCCUUGCCAUAUUGAACAACCUCGACCUGACCAGGUCCUUCUACUACAGCUAUUCUUACGACAUCACUCGCACCCUGCAGUACAACAUGACCAAGGAGCGUACCGCCUUGCUGAACGGCCAGCCCAGCUCCUGCUAUGACGGCUUAAACUCCAUGUUCGUGUGGAAUAGCCAUCUGCUUCAGCCCGCAGUCAACGCCCUCCACACACCAUACGACUGGUGCCGGCCCAUUAUCCACGGCUACAUCGACCAGGCAGCCGUGUCAAUCUACGGUCGGACGGCGCACAUAACCAUCAUUGCGCGCCGGAGUCGCUACUUUGCCGGGGCUCGGUUCCUGAAGCGCGGCGCCAAUGACCUAGGAUACGUCGCCAACGACGUUGAAACGGAGCAGAUCGUGUCCGAGGCCCUGACGACGUCGUUCCACGCGCCCGGACCCAAGUUUUACGCCAGCCCGGCAUACACCAGCUACGUCCAGCACCGCGGAUCCAUACCGCUGUACUGGACCCAAGAUAGCGUGGGCGUGGCCCCCAAGCCGCCCAUAGAGCUUAACCUCGUCGACCCUUUCUACACGGCCGCCGCCUUGCAUUUUGACAACCUCUUUGAGCGUUAUGGUGCCCCUAUCUACAUAUUGAACCUCGUCAAGGCCCGCGAGAGGACGCCCCGUGAGAGCAAGCUGCUCGUCGAAUACACAAAGGCCAUCGACUACCUGAACCAGUUUCUCCCCGACGACAAGAAGCUGAUCCACCGGGCCUGGGACAUGAGCCGGGCGGCGAAGAGCAAGAACCAGGACGUCAUCGGCACGCUGGAGGCGAUCGCCGAGGACGUGGUGACCACGACGGGCUUCUUCCACAACGGGGACGGCCACACGAGCACGAUCCGGGUACAGAACGGUGUGGCGCGGACCAACUGCAUCGACUGCCUCGACCGCACCAACGCCGCGCAGUUCGUCAUCGGCAAGCGCGCCCUGGGCCACCAGCUGCACGCUCUCGGCGUCCUGGAGGACACAGGGAUCAACUACGACACGGACGCGGUGAACCUGUUUACCCACAUGUAUCACGACCACGGCGAUACCAUUGCCGUGCAGUACGCCGGCUCUCAGCUCGUCAACACCAUGGAGACGUAUCGCAAGAUCAACCAGUGGACCAGCCACUCGAGGGAUAUGAUAGAGAGCUUCAAGCGUUACUACAACAACUCGUUCCUCGACGGGCAGAGGCAGGAGGCGUACAACCUGUUCCUCGGCAACUACAUCUUCGCCCAGGGGCAGCCGAUGCUCUGGGACCUCGCCACAGACUACUACCUCCAUCACGCCGACCCACGUGCCUGGCACGACAGGACGAAGCGCGACUACAUCCACUGGUUCACGCCCGGGUUCCUGGAGGAGAGCAAGCUCGAGCCGUACCCCCCGCAGCCCAAGGGCGACGGGGCCAGGACGUCCGUCUCGUCCUACGACGACUACUGGCUCGAGUACUACCGGCCCUCGACGCUGUCCUCCUUCCUCAAGAUGUUCCCCUACAAGAUGAACUCGACCAUCAAGUACAUCCCCAUCAAGUCCACCCAGGACGGCCGCUACGAUCUCAGCCCCUUCCGCGUGCGCAACGAGCCCGACGGCGAUGGCCACGACAGGAGGAGGCCCAAGAAGGACAUCGCGGCAAUUGACCCCCAAGAUCUGAACCGCCUCGGCGCCGAUGCCGAGGCCGAGGCCGAAUCCGUCACCUCGGGGAAGACGGGCGCCACCUCCACCUCCGCCGCUCGCGGCAUCUCACGCUGGCUACAGCCGUCGUCGCACGACAGCCCGCACAGCAACAUGAAGCAGACGACGACGACGCCUCCGGUACCGGAUGAGUCGAACGGCGGCGGCCAGGGCAAGAGCAAGCCGACGGCGCUGGAGAAGACGCGGGCGGCGCAGUGGACGUUCACCAAGGUGGUGCAGGAGAGCCUGAACCCGACGGUCAGCGCGGCCGAGGCCGAGGACUACGGCCGCUACGUCAGUCACCCGCAGAACCUGCCGCUCGUGGUGUCUGCCGAGACGCCGGCGGGCGAGGUCGAGGCCGAGUACCAGGAGUACGUCGGCGGGAGCUGGCAGUCGGACGGCCUGCUGCUGCCGACGACGGCGGCGGCGGCGGCGGCGACGGGGUCCAGCGAGGACGACCGCGCCGUGUACGCGGAGCUGCUCAGGGUCGGGGAGAACCCGCUGACGGUGACGGAGGAGGACGCGCUGAAGAAGAGGUACAGGGCGUACCGGAAGUGGCUGAGGGGGAAAAGCCUGUUCAAGCAGCAGCCCGUGGACUAGGAGCCCAUGUCGCCGACUGACGAGGAACCUUGGUCGCCCUGUAGUUGAGAGUCUCCACAUGCCGGGGGACGUAUGUAUGUACUGUGCAUUACCCGCUGGUGAUGGAGCGAUGGAGUCUUUUUGCAUGGCCUUUUGAUUUUGCUAGAUACCCCCCCAAAAAAAUGGAAUGAAAUGAAAUUGAUUAAAGAAUUUAUGUCAUGUCAUUUCGGGGAACAGGCCCGCAAGCUCUGGUUCCUUGGAUAGCAGCGGCGCCACCUUGCUCGCGAGGGGUGUGUCGCCCGUCUCGGCCACGGCAGCCAGCAUCUUCGCGGCCUUGAUCAGCUCGCCUCGGAC